AUGUAUCAAGAAACUACUGUUAACUUCCAGAUCCCAUAUUUGCUGAUGGAAUAUAGGUUGCUAACUUUGGUACUGAUGGUUGGAACUAUGCAAAUGCAGAAAAUUGGGAAUGUAAUUGUUGAAAUAUAUCAUAUUUUAGAACUUGUUGUGACUUGUGGUGGAAGCUACCAAUCGCCAAUUGAUAUUGUGACUACAGGAGCUAGUCAAUAACCAGUUUAGCCGAAAAUCUACUAUAAAAAUAAAGCUUCGGAUGUUGGAUACGAAGAAGUAAAUACACCGUACACCAAAGAAUACGAAGGAGAAUAUUCAUCAAUAUAAGUCUUAGAUGCUUCAGGAUUGGUGGUCAGAUAUUACGCCAAGUAAUUUCAUAUUCAUACUCCAUCAGAACACACUAUUGAUGGAAAGCAUUUUGACUUAGAAAUUCAUUUUGUUCAUUAAGUCAAUGCUAUUCAAGAUGAGGAGUAAGACUGUAAUAAAGUGAAGAAUAGUUUGACAGUCUUCGGUCUUAUGUUCACAGAAUCAGCCUCUGCAACUGAUUACGAAGCAUUCAAGCCUUGGUUUGAUUAAAAUAUGACUGGAGAAGUGGAAUCCUUUGACUUGAAUGACUUCUUCUAAAAAAUGACUGAUUCUACCUAUUAUCAUUAUGAUGGUAGUUUGACAACUCUUCCAUGUUCUUAGAUUGUUAAUUGGAUUGUAUUCUAUCAACCAUUACCAAUCUCAACUUUCUAAUUGAAUCAAUUCAGAGCAACAUUUGCUGAUUCAACUGCCUUUCCACUCAAGUAGAACAACCGUCCAAUAUAACACUUGAAUGGAAGGAAGAUUUUAAAAGGAACUGCACUCACAGCUGGAGUGACAGAAAUCCCAGAUGUGUAAUCAUCUCAGGCAUGUCUAUUACUUUUAUCAAUUGUGAUGGGUGCUUUUAUAUUAUGA